AGAGGCUCUGAUUCAACACUAGGAGUGUUUGCUCAGUUUCUUCUCAGCUCUUGAGUGUGCCACAUUAGAGAUCUUUCUUUUCCUAAAUCAAAAUGAAGGCGUUAAUCUUACUGGGUCUUUAUCUGCUUGGAUCUGCCAGAGGAGCACCGCCAGGUCAGCCUGAUGAGCUUCUAGACUCUGUAGACCACCAGGCUUCGGUUCAGCAACUUUCAAGUGAGUAUUUCUCACUCGCAAACCCUUCAGAUGCCGAGGCUUUAUAUGAAACUUCUUCAGGUGAGAAGACUCUGAGUGGUCAUAGCUCAAGUGACCACGAGUCGGGUGAGCAUGCAGUAGCUGAACAUUCUACAGGUGAGCACUCGUCAGGAGAACACACUUCCGGGGAGUCUUCAGAGCACAUGUCAGGUGAGCACAUGUCAGGAGAACAUACUUCGGGGGAGCACACUUCGGGGGAGCACGCGUCCACCGAGCACACUUCAAGCGAACAACCUGCAACUGAACAGUCCUCGAAUGAGCAGUCUUCCGAAGGAUCUUCAGGCGAACAAGUUUCAGGUGAAAAGCUUGAAGAGGCAGGUGAACAGGUGUCUAGCGAGACAAAUGACAAAGGAAAUGAGGCUAUGAGUACACCACUUCCAAGCACAUCUUCAGACGUAUCAAUAAAUUGCCACACGUGUGCUUAUAUGAAUGACGAUGCAAAAUGCCUCCGUGGAGAAGGAAUAUGCACCACUCAAAAUUCCCAGCAGUGCAUGCUAAAGAAGAUCUUUGAAGGUGGAAAACUCCAGUUCAUGGUUCAAGGGUGUGAGAACAUGUGCCCAUCGAUGAACCUCUUCUCUCAUGGAACAAGAAUGCAAAUUAUGUGCUGUCGGAAUGAACCUCUCUGCAACAAGGUCUAGCAGUCUGUGCCCUACUUCUGGCUCUGACUCGGGCAGCUUCACCAACUCUACUUGGCUCAGUUCAUGCUCAACUUCAACAACCAAUCACAUCGGGCUCUGCCUGAUCACCAGAUAAGAAGCUCAACCUUUCUUUCUCAACACCUCAUUGCCUAUGCUCUCUGCCUUACUCUGCUCCCAUCUUUCCCCAGAUGUUCUUUUUUGCAAUAAAUUGCGAUUAAAGAA